CCUUGGUCACCCUAGGCUGUGCGUAACUGCGUAUAAAGAGAAUCCGGGGGAGAAGAGGGCAAAUUGACAUCAUCGCAAUUUUCUGGACCGGUGACAAUUUAGGGUUCGGUUUUGAAAAUCAUUCGCAACUAUCAACAUUUCUCGACCAUGGCAUCAUCAAGCAAAACCAAAUUUUCUUCUAAACAAGGACAAGUGUCUUCUAGACCGCCAUUAAGGAAGCCCACUUUUAUCAAGGUUUAUGAAUUGAAACCUGGUACUAGUGGUCAUAAUCUUACUGUCAAAGUUUUGAGUUCUAACAUAAAGAAAGGGAGAUCAGUUUCUCAGAAUCUUCGUCAAACUCGCAUUGCUGAGUGUAUAAUUGGUGAUGAGACUGGUACAAUUAUCUUCACUGCUCGUAAUGAUCAAGUUGACUUAAUGAAGCCUGGUUCAACUGUCAAUGUCCGAAACGCAAAGAUCGAUAUGUUCAAAGGAACAAUGAGGCUUGUAGUUGACAAAUGGGGCCUUAUUGAGGUGACUGAACCAGCUACAUUUACAGUGAAGGAAGACAAUAAUCUUUCCUUGGUUGAGUACGAGCUUGUGAGUGUGCAGGACAAGGGUCAGUGAUUUUCGAAGCUGGUAGAUAUCUUUCGGUGUGAAGAAGGUUUUUGGGCUACUCUAACAUGUUCGAUUAUCAUCUAAUUCUGUUAAUGUUGAUUGACUAUCGUGAUUUGAGGUUGUAAUUAGUAAUUAGUAAUUGGUAAUUGGUUUGGGAUGGUAUGGUAUGGUAUGUUAUUAGUAUUGGUAAUUCCUAAAUUUCGGAAAGUCGGUACCUAAGUUUUGAUUGCCUGGUUUUGCCUGGGCUUUUUUUACUCAGACAUGGGAAUUGGGAUUGUAAAAAACAUGGUGCUAAUGAUGAAAAUGUUUGAUUAUCUUUAUCUCUUUUGUUAUUUUCUC